GAUUUUAUUCUCAUCACUUUCAAAAUGAAGAUUCUGGGUGGAGGGUCUCUUCAACUUGUCUAUGCACUCCUAAUUUUAGUGCAUAUGCAACCUUCCAUUGGAUUCAAUUCAACAAUUGGUGAUGAUGAUAUUAGGUGCAUAGAGAGCGAAAGACAAGCCCUUCUCGCAUUUAAGCAUGGUUUGGUUGACGAAUAUGGCUGUCUUUCUUCAUGGGGCAAUGAAGAAAAGAAAAAGGAUUGUUGUGAAUGGGAAGGAGUUCGAUGUAGCAACACAACUGGGCACGUCACUGUGCUUAAUCUGGGAGGGUUUACUCCUCUCUUAAGAGGUAACUUUAGUCCUUCCCUAUUUGAGUUGCAGCAUUUAAUUUAUUUAGACCUCAAUGAGAUUAAUUUCAACUUAAGCCACAUUCCAAAUUCUAUCGGUUCACUCAACAAAAUAAAACAUCUUGAUCUCUUUUAUUGUAAUUUAAGUGGACCUCUUCCUAGUCAGCUUGGGAACCUUAGAGGUCUGCGGUAUCUUAAUCUUGGCUAUAAUCAGUUUGAAGGUUUGAUUCCAGAAAAUCUUGGUCACAUGACUUUUCUGGAAAACCUAGAGCUCGCCUUCAACCAAUUUGAAGGAGGGAUACCAAAAUCCUUUGGGAACCUGUGCAACUUAGUUUCCCUAUAUCUGUGGCUUAACAAUCUUGACGGAAUGCUUCCUGAACUUAUUGGUAACUUAUCUGGAUGUCUACAACUCUCCUUGGAAGAAUUGUUGUUGGAUGAUAAUAAAAUUAAGGGACCCGUGUCUGAUAUGAUAAAAAAUUUCUCCUCACUGCGAUGGUUGUCUCUUUCCAACAAUCAACUAAGCGGUACUCUGCCCAAAGGUAUUGGACUCUUGUCGAACCUUGAGAGAUUAUAUAUUUCUUCCAAUUCUUUGAAUGGGACUAUUAGUGAAUCACACUUUUCAACGCUAUCUAAGUUACGGGAUUUGUCUCUGUCUUCUAAUUCUUUGAGCAUCAACUUUAGCAAUGACUGGAUUCCUCCAUUCCAAUUGGAUGAUAUAGAACUUCAAUCAUGCGAGUUGGGCCCGAAGUUUCCAAGCUGGUUAAAGUCCCAAAGAAAAUUUUCUUAUCUUGAUAUCUCUGGAGGUGGGAUUUCAGAUAGCAUCCCACCGUGGUUUUGGAACCUAUCUUCUAGAGCAAAUCAUGUGAAUCUUUCUUCCAAUCAUCUCUAUGGAGUCUUGCCAAAUUUGUCAACUACAAAAUUUGCUGAUUCUUUUGGCCUUGGGAUAGAUAUGAGUAAAAAUAAGUUGGAGGGUCUAUUACCAGUAUUCCCUGUUAAUGUCACAUCCAUAAACCUAUCAGAAAAUAUGUUUUUUGGGUCAAUUUCUUCUCUCUGCACCACAACUGAUGGGAAACUUACGCUUCUUGAUGUUUCAUACAAUCAACUAUGUGGAAAGCUUCCUGAUUGCAUGGCACGAUGGACAAGUCUAGUGAUUAUGAAUUUGGCUAACAAUCAUUUAUUUGGGAAAAUUCCAAGCUCUAUUGGAUCUUUGCAUCGUCUUGAAUCAUUGGGUUUGCAAAACAACAGUUUCUCUGGAGAAAUACCUUGGUCUCUAGGAAAUUGCAGUGCCUUGCAAUAUUUGGACUUGAAUUAUAAUAGCUUCUCUGGAAAAAUACCUGCUUGGAUUGGAGAAAGGCUAAGUUCGCUAACUUUCCUUCUUUUGAGAUCCAAUAAUUUCAGUGGAGACAUCCCUUUGCAGCUAUGCUGGUUGACAAAUAUUAUGCUGCUAGACCUCUCCCACAACAAUCUAUCUGGAAACAUACCAUGGUGCAUCCAAAAUCUAACUGCAUUAGCUCAACAGGAGAUUUCUGCCCAUGAUCAUGAUUUUAUAGAUUGGCAACCUGGUGCUGAGAUUUCGUACGGAGGAAGCUAUGCUGACAAAGCAUCUGUAAUGUGGAAAGGAAUGGAGCGAGAUUAUGAGAAUGGAAAUCUCAAGACUUUGAAGAUUAUUGAUCUUUCAAGCAACAAAUUAACAGGAAAGAUUCCUGUGCAGAUAUCGGUUCUCUUGGAACUGGUUGAAUUGAACUUAUCAAGAAAUCAGUUAACGGGAUGGAUUCCUUCAAACAUUGGGCAGAUGAGAAAAUUAGAAUCACUUGACUUGUCAUGGAACCAGCUUUCAGGUCAGCUUCCUUGGAGCAUGUCCCAAUUAUAUUUUCUCGGCGUCUUGAACCUGUCAUAUAACAACUUUUCUGGGAGAAUCCCAUCGGGACCCCAAAUACAGACAUUUGAUGCUUCUUCAUUUAUCGGUAAUCUUGCACUCUGUGGGCUUCCUCUAACACCGACUUGUCCCGAAGAUGAAAAAUCAGAUAGCAAACCCAAAAACAGAGACAUGGAUGAAUUCUGGAAAUCGUUUAAACCGGGUAUGGAACUUGGAGCGGCCAUCGGCUUUGUGGGAGUUCUGUCGGUGAAGUUAGAUCAUCCAUGGAAACAUCUCUGUUUCCUGUUGUUUAACAACGUGAGGGUCCGCUUCAGCAACUUGAAGGGCUGCCUUUGUUUACUUGUAGCAGCACUUGGUUUGCUGGUGAGAGAAAAUGUCUCCAGAUUGGGAAGAAAAUUGAAGUUGUUCGAGCCAUCAGCGUCUUCCUAGAAGCCGGUAAAGGUCGAUACACAUUUAUUCUAAUCUUGUGUGGCAUCUUCAUAACUUGAUUAGUGCAAAUAACCUCUUAUUUGUUGUUUUUCAGAUUCAAGAUGUUUCAUGUUGCAAAGUAAACUUCCAGGAUGUCUUUUCCUCUUUCCGCAUCAAUAAGUCCAAGCUGAGCAGGGCAUUGUUUCUUCCUUUAUUUUAUAAGAGUGUCUUGUUGUAAGGUUGUUUAAAUAAAAUGGUUUGCGCUUU